GGCUCUCUCAAUCGUGUGGAUCUCUCGUCCUCGUGUUCUGCUCGUGUCGUCGCCGGCACACGAUCGCGUCGCCGUCCCGAACGCCACACGCUCGUCGAUUCGAUCGCCAGGCAAAUCGCAAUCCGCGCCGCCGAACACGCCUAAACAGGUCGACCGUUGUAGGAUACCGGCUUGAAAUAUCCCCAUAACAGUCCGACCGUCCGUCGUAUCGCUCAGUCGUUCGAAUGUCCGCGGCCUGUCGUCGCCCGAUCCGCAGUCGUCCCGUCGCGUCGCAUUCAAUCCACCGCCGCCGCCGCCAACUGACGACGCUGUCGCGAUGACGCCUCCGCCUCCGCGCGCAGAUCCCGAAGAAGACUCGGCCGCGAGCGACCGCCGCCGGCCGGUAACUCCCGACCACUGUACAACCGACGCCGGUCAACGUACCACCGCCGCCGCCGCCGCCGCCGCCGCGAUCACCACGUCGGCUCCGGCCACGACCGCCGCCGACAACGUCGCGUACUUCGGCCCGGCCGCCGGAGACGCCGGCGACCGCCACCGCAGAACGUCGGCCACGAACGGUGGACGGCGCGCGUCGGGAGCGCCGGACAGACACCAGUUGCCGCCGUCCACGCUGACGCCCGUGCAGUUCGAGAUGAGCUACGGAACGCCGGCCGCCGCCGACCAGAACGCCAUGUCCAGCAAAGAUAACCUGUUGACGCCCAGAGCAUGGAUCGGCUCCCGGCACAUCGUUACGUUCAUGUUGUUCCUUGGCAUGGCCAACGCUUACAUAAUGAGGACCAACAUGUCGGUGGCCAUAGUGGCCAUGGUCAACCAGACCGCGCUGGAAAGGGACCCGACCAUUCCGGACGAUGAAUGCGAGGGCUACUACACUCCCGUCGGGAACACAACCGUACACAGCAUGUCCAACGAAGGAUCAUUCUUGUGGAGCACAUCCCAACAGGGCUAUGUGCUCAGUUCGUUCUUCUACGGCUACGUCAUAACGCAGAUACCGUUUGGGAUACUGUCAAAGAAGUAUGGCGCCAAGUAUUUCCUUGGCGUCGGCAUGCUCAUAAAUUCGGUGUUCGGCUUCUUGGUGCCGUUGUCUGCCAACUUCGGCAUUUUUUCACUGAUCACCAUACGUUUCAUUCAGGGGCUCGGAGAAGGUCCCAUAGUUCCGUGUACUCACGCAUUGCUCGCAAAAUGGAUCCCUCCGAACGAGAGGAGCCGAAUGGGAGCAUUCGUUUAUGCAGGGGCUCAAUUCGGCACAGUGAUUUCAAUGCCACUGAGUGGCGUGCUCUCGGAGUACGGGUUUGCCGGAGGAUGGCCAUCGAUAUUCUACGUGUUCGGUGCAAUCGGCACCCUGUGGUCUGUCGCAUUUUUGUGGCUCGUGCACGAGGACCCCGAAUCUCACCCCACUAUACCACACGACGAGAGGAAAUACAUUAUUAGUUCCGUUUGGGGAGCUGCCGGUGUGUCCUCUCCCCCCGUGCCGUGGAGAAGUAUAUUAAAGUCGGCUCCGUUCUGGGCCAUAUUGGUCGCUCACAUGGGUCAAAAUUACGGAUACGAAACGCUCAUGACCGAGCUGCCGACUUUCAUGAAACAAGUGUUGCACUUCAAUAUAAAAGCUAACGGAACGUACUCAUCACUGCCGUACCUCGCCAUGUGGGUGUUCUCGAUGGUGGCCAGCCAUAUAGCCGAUAUGAUGAUCUCCUCCGAGAGGUUCACGCACACUGUCACGCGCAAAAUCGUCAACACUAUCGGUCAAUUUGGUCCAGCGAUAGCGCUGAUCGCCGCGUCUUACACGGGCUGUGACCCGUACCUGACUGUGGCCAUACUCACCGUGGGGGUGGGUCUCAAUGGCGCUAUUUACUCGGGAUUCAAAGUCAACCAUCUGGACAUAUCGCCGCGGUUCGCCGGAAUACUGAUGAGCCUGACCAAUUGUCUGGCCAACUUGGCCGGUCUGCUGGCCCCAAUCGUCGCCGGCUACGUUAUUGACAAAAGGCCCACCCAGGCAGCCUGGAGAGUGGUGUUCAUAACGUCGGCGGUUGUGUACAUGGUGUGCUGUACGAUUUACCUGGUGUUCGGCAACGGCACUCGUCAGCCGUGGGACAAUCCGUCCAACGACCAAAUGAACUUGGAGCACAAGAAAAACAAGAAGAAGAACAAGAUGGCCAUGGACAUCGAGGACACCGUUCAGUGAACGGCGACUCUUCAACGUCGUCCCUUCACCGGUCAGCCCAUAUAACCAACAACCCUUGCCUCCCACCCCCUACCCAACUAACCAUCCUACCAUCCCCGCCCAGCCAAAUCUUCAACCACCCCCAUAACCUAACCGCGCGAAUAUCACCCCUAUCGCAUGUAUGCAUAAUGUAAUAUUACCUACAUAAUAUGAGCUGGCGCGUUUUUGUGCAAAAGUUUACAAGGAAAGCACACCGACCACGACGAUACAAUGUGCGUAUAACGCGUGCGUAAAAGUAUAUGUGAGUGUGUGUAUGUGUCUGUGUAAAAGUAAAUAUUGUGUAGGUUAAUAAAAGAAAAAGUAAAGCACGUCUGUGAAAAGGUUUGAAAUAUACAAAAAAAAAAAGGAUAAUUCUUCGUAACGGUAUAUUAUAAUAUAAUAUUGUUGAUAAAUGUAUACACACUUUAUUUAUUAUUUUGUUUUAAAAAAACUUAAUUUUUUUUAGAUUUACAAUAAACUUACUCGGGUGUCGAAUCUUGACACCAUAGAAAGCACAUUCUAUUAAUUAUAUUUAUAAUUAUAUUUUUUUAUAAUAAUUAUUAAUGAAUAAUAAAAAAGUCGAUGUUAGAUCAUUAUUGUCUAUUUUUAAAAAUAUAACUUAUUUAAUUGAUAAAUUAUGAAAAUAAGUUAAAUUUUUCGUUCUAUAUAUGACUAUUUAGCUUUUUAAUAAAAAAAUUAAAAUAUAUAUGAAAAAUUGUGAUAUUGUUAGAAGUAUAUUGUUGCUCCGGAAAAGUACAUAGCCUGAUGUGUUCUUGAUUUUCUCAAAAUUUAUGUCUUCCCCAUUUAAAAACAUUAAUAUUAUUCCCUCUCAAUUUUCCGUUUAUAAUAUUUCGAUAGAUUGUAAGUAAAAACGAGUAAACGCAAUAAGAUUGAAAUAUAUAUGAUUUAUUAUGUAAAUUAAAAAAGUGAAAAACUAAAAAAACAUAAUUUGAUUAUUAUUAUAUGAUCUUGUGUUCCUUCGACUAGCUCAAUAUAUUCGUUGUUUUAGACAUGCAUGUUUUGAAAAAAGAUGUGCAAAAUGUAACUAAAAAUUAAAAUAAUCUUAAGCAAUAAAUAAAAUAGGUCAUAAUAUUUGUUUCUCUGUAGGUGACAUUUUUUGAGAGCGUGUACGGUGAACUGGGCAUUUCACGAAAGGGGAAAUUAUGCAAAAAUUUCUCAUUAAUUUCUUUCACAUUUUGUCAGUAUUUUUUUUUCACAUAUAUAUUAUAAAAUUAUUAAUUAUAUUAUUAUCACUGCAUAAUUUUUUUCCAAUGUGAUAGUUAUUAUAUUUAUUAAAUUAUUCGUUAAAAGAUUUAUUAUUAUAGUAAUAAAGUUAAAUUUUAUGUUUAAGCGUCUGUUUCUGGAUUAUAUAUAUUGUUGUAUUCAAGUUUAGGAUUUGUCGUUUAGUGAGAAUGAUAAUAUUACUGUUACAAAUAAAAAUAAUUAUAAUACAAUUUUUUAAUUAAAAAAAUAUGUUAUAAUAGUUAUUUAUUAGAAAUCCAUUAAAAACGACUCUAUGUACCAUAAAUGUUAUAGAAUAAUAUAUAUAUAUAUAAAUAUAUAUAUAAAGAGAAUAUUUAAAAAAAAUGUAUCAAUUUUUUUUCCAAAUUACUACUAUAGCUGAGCCAAUAUAAGUUACCAAAAAAAAAAAAACAAAAAACAAAAAAAAACAAACAAAACUCAAUAAACAGUAUAUGACGAGAAAUUUAUCUUAAAUCACUGCUCUAUCGAAAUAAAAAAAACUAUCAAAUAUAAUAUAUAUAUUUAUUUAUAAUAUAUAUGGCUCAUUAUUUAGUAUAUAGUUUAUUAUUAUCUUAACGUUACAUGUUAAUUUGUUUUUACCUUAUCCUUCUAUUUAACAGGGUAAUAGUAUUAUUUAAAUUUAGACCUAAAUAUUAUAUAGUACCUAAUUCUUAAGUUCAUACCAUUGUCUGAUGAUAAUGAUGAUAAUAUUAUUAUUAUUAUUAUUACGUAGGAUAUUUAUUUAUUUUAUUUAAUUAAUUUAUUAUUAUUUUUUUUUUUUUUACCUUUAAUUUGUAUUUUUUCGCACGUUACUUAAGCACAGUUAAUUUUUAUCACUGACUUUCAAAUUUUACUUAUUACUAGCAAGUAUAUGAUUAUUUUUUUAACCCUUGUAUAUUGGAAAUGUUCAACGAUGACCAAAACAAUUUUGUCUCCCGACCAUGUCUGUCCAUGUUGUACCAAUAUUAUGUUAAGGUUCGCGCACGUACCGGUUACUAAUUAAUAUCAUUCAUACAAUUCGGACACGAUCUAUUUGGGGAGGAGGCAUUAUUUCGGAAAGAGAAACCUAGUCGUUAAUUCAAAUAAUAACAUGUAUAAACAAACGAUAUACAAGGGUUAAAAGAAUUACCUAAUUAUCUAUUCAAUUAAUGUAUUUUAAAAAGAAGCGCGACCCGAUUUUAAUGAACCAUUUAUUAAUCCGAGACCACUCGCGUGCGAUGCUGUAUCGUACGUUUUACUGUACUUAUACUGAUAUAAAAUAAAACAAAAUUAAAUGACUGUUCAUUAGUUGAAAUUAUGUGUUUAUUAUUGUUUAGGUUGUCAAUUAUUAUUCUAGAAAUAAAUACAUGAGUUGUCAAUAACUGUUA